UUUUCUUUUGUCUAAUUUUCACUCUCUUCAUUUCUUGAAGUGAGAUGGGAUGUGAAAACAAGUUCUGCAGGAGGCUCAGCUCCAGAAAACACCGAAAGCUGCACUUGUCUUUGCUCGCUUCAUGCUGUUUGAUCUCGGUAACUCUGUACGUGAGAUAUUCCAUCAUCUUCCCCAGACUAAGUUCCUGGCUGAGGAAUCAUGCAGCUCCUGGUACACCACCUUCAGGAGUGAUCAGUCUUGAUCAUCGAUUAGGUGAAUCGGUGAGGAGGAAACAAGAGUUAAAGCAGGGGAAAGUUCCCUUGUGUGAUUUUUCGAAGAGAAGGUCGAAUGUCUGCGAACUGCAGGGUGACAUCAGAAUCCACGGUGCCAACUCUUCUGUCUUAGUGGCGAGACCAAAGGGCGUCGACGAGUCGCGAGGUUCAUGGCUGAUAAAGCCUCAUCCUCGGAAGGAAGACCCGUACGCGAUGUCCCAUGUCACCGAAGUCUCGGUGAAAUCCGUUUCUGAUCACGCACACGUACCGGAAUGUAGCACGAGAAGCAGCGCACCGGCCAUCAUCUUCUCCACUGGCGGUUACAUGGGCAAUGCAUUCCACGACUUCACCGACGUCCUGAUCCCUCUGUUCAUAACCACGUCUCAGUUCGACGGAGGAGUCCAGUUUCUGGUGCUCGACAUCGCGCCGUGGUGGAUUCAGAAGUACGACUCAAUACUGAAAAGGCUCUCCCGUCACCGAAUCAUAGACCUGAGCAAAGACAAUUCUGUCCGAUGCUUUUCUCGUGCCAUCGUAGGCCUCAAGUUCCACAAAGAGAUGAGCGUGGGCGCCGCCAUGAGCCCGGAAGGGCAGCAGCUCUCCAUGCCCGACUUCGGACGACUGCUGAGGGAUUCCUUUGCGCUGAAACGGCAAAGGGCGAUAAAACUAGGAGGACCCGAUCGAGAGAAGAAGAAGAAGCCUAGGCUCAUGAUCAUCGCGAGAACGAGGACGAGGAGAUUCAAGAACGUCGAUGAGAUUGUUCGAGUGGCUCGAGAGUUAGACUUCGAAGUAGUCGUGACAGACACUGAAAGGGAGUCCAACUUGUCUGAAUUCGCUCAGCUCGUGAACUCAUGCGAUGUGAUGAUGGGGGUUCAUGGUGCGGGACUCGCUAACCUCGUCUUCCUCCCGAUCGGCGCAGUGCUCAUCCAGGUCGUCCCUUUGGGGGAGAUGGACGAUAUAUCGAGGGUGGAUUUUGGUGAACCUGCACUGGAUUUGAAGAUCAAGUACUUGCACUACAGUAUAACUGAGGAAGAGAGCUCACUGAUAGAUCAGUAUCCUAGAGACCAUCCCGUGCUGAAAGAGCCCAGAUCAAUUGCAAGGCAAGGGUGGGUUUUCAGAAGGUCUGUGUAUUUGGUUAAGCAAGAUGUGAAGCUUAACAUGGCCAGGUUCAGAGGUUUCAUGCUAGAAGCUCUUCGGUAUCUUCAUUAAAACGAAUGAAUUGCUUGCUAGUGAGGUUGAGCUCGUUGCAUUGAGCCCAUUGGUUUAGUCAACUUAGUCGUUAAUGAAUAACUUUCUCCCGCAUGUUGUUCGGUACUGUAAUUUACCAUUCUUCCACGUAUCUUAGGGUCAUAGAGGAACUCUUGGAUGAGUAUUAUAGGAUGGAAAAAUAGAUUGAGAGAUCUCAACAUAAAAUUUUAAAUUC